UUCUGACUACCAACCAACCUUCGAACAUGUGGUUUCUAUCAAUAAUUUGUUCUUAUUUCUCUUUACCAAUACGGUCCUCUAUCUUAGCCAUUCUCCAAUUUCGCCCCUUCCACUGGGUUUCCAGUCGUUUCCUCGGUAGAUAUACCAAUAAGUCCCUUGAGGGAGAUACUGAAUGUGCUUUGAUACCAAAGAGCGCAUCUCCGGGAAUACCGUCCGUUAUUACGUACCGAUAUGUUCACCCUGGAGAGGAGACCCCCAAUCCAUCGUAUGGCGAAGUUAUAUACAAAGCGAAGGGAAAGUUUUUAGUACGGGGAGGGACUGCAAUCCUAGAAUUAUUACCUUCAGGCGAAGUGAUAAAGACCCCAACGCCAAACCCUUUUAUCCCAUAUGAGGAGGAAGACCACCGAAUGAAUAUGCGUCUCGAGGCCCAGGUUUAUCAGGAACUUGGCGAACACGUUUCUAUUCCCAGAUUUAUCAAAUGGGAUCCGUUGACCUGUUGCCUGACGAUAGAAUAUCUAGAGCACGGAAAUCUUCGAGAAUAUGUCAGAAGUCACUAUAAAGCCCUGACACCCAGCCUUCGCCACCAAUGGGCGGGACAAGCGGCAGCUGGUCUUCGAAUUCUUCAUGAUGCUCAUGUUGUCCACUGUGAUAUCUCUCCAAGGAACUUUUUACUAGGCCACGAUUUAAACUUAAAGAUCUCGGACUUUGCUGGCUCUUCCUUUCACGGUUCACUUCCAUCCGCGUUUGCAAAUACACGCUAUCGCCACCCUAAGUACAAAUGGGAUGAUCCUCCUCAUUUCAAAGAUGACAUAUUUGGGCUAGGAUCCUUGAUUUACUUUAUUAUGACUAACAAGUACCCCUACGAAGAGGUCCCUAGCGAUGAUGUCGAGAGUCGAUAUGGAAGUUCACAAUUUCCGGAUGUUAGCAGCAUUUCAUGUGGUUCUAUCAUUCAACAAUGUUGGCACCAGGAAGUAACCGCGGCUCAGGUUUGUGACUAUUUUGAAUAUACAUUUCCCUAGAUACCAAAAAUCUGUCCUCGCUUCCAAAAUGUAGCCUUUCCUCGA